UCCUCGCCCGGUGGGGCGGCAAGCACAGGCUGGGCGAGGACGACGACCCGCUGGACGAGGGGGACGGUGGCUGGGGCCAGUUCGGCGCGCCGCCGACCGACUGGUACAUGAACGCCGUGCUGGAGCAGGGCGUGCUGCGCCACCCGCGGCUGGGCGCGCCCGCAGCCGCCGCGGAGGGCCCGCGCGACUGCGAGGUGCUGUCGCUGUUCAUCGGCAGCUCUGCUCACAUGGACGCCCUGAGAUCGGACCUCGCGCCCAAGAUCGCGGCAGCCAUGCGGGGCUCGCACAAGGCCGGCUUCUGGAUGCUGUGGCCAGCGGACUGGGAGGCCGACUUCGAGGGACCGGACUACAUCGGCUACGCGGAGAGGCGCUCGCUGUUCGCCUCGAUGCGCCAGAUGGAGGACGCGGGCGUGCGCACCAGCUUCCCGCACCCCGCGAGCCUCUACGAGCUCAUCACCUCCAAGAGGUGGAUGGCGACGCUGUCCUCCGAGCCCCGCUCCCGCCUGCCCGCCUGCGUGUUGGCGUCCAGGGCGGACAUCAAGUGCGACCCGAGGGCGGCGGCCAACAAGGCGCUGACGGAGCUGGAGGCGCUCCGCGCGCAGAGCGUGUUCGCCCCCGGCGGCGGGCCCGCCGCCGUGAACCGGGGCAGGCUGCAGAAGGGCGUGGCGAAGAUCGGGUGGUCGUGGGAGGC